AUGGUGCGUUCCGCGUUGAUACUGGCGGUGUCGAUUGGCCUGUGUUGCCUUUCCGCGCGUGCCGAACGACGACCUCCGUUCAGGAGCAGUGGCAUCUACGUCGACGAACCGGAACUCGCUGCUAGCGAGGCAAGUGCUGCGGGCGAUAUUGUCGGUGUAGUGCCGGCGCAACCCGUAGACGAGCGGUACCGUUUGCCGAAAACGUCCGUGCCGAUCCAUUACAAUCUGCAGCUGCGCACGGAAAUUCACAGCAAUGUGCGUACGUUCGAUGGGUCCGUCGCCAUCCAGCUGCAGGUGCUGGAAGCGACGAACCAGCUGGUGUUGCACAACCGUGGAUUAGCGAUCGCGUCGGCGACGGUUUCGUCCCUGCCGAAUGGUGUGGCCGGCGCACCGACACUGAUCGGUGACGCACAGUUCAGCACGGACACUACCUUCGAGCAUAUCACGUUCACGAGUCCCACCAUCCUGCAACCGGGUCUCUAUCUGCUGGAGGUCACGUUUCAAGGAAGACUCGCCACCAACGAUGACGGGUUCUAUGUGUCCUCUUACGUGGCGGAUAAUGGCGACCGAAGAUAUUUAGCGACGACCCAGUUCGAGUCAACCAGCGCCCGCAUGGCAUUCCCGUGCUACGAUGAGCCCGCACUCAAGGCAACGUUCGACGUGUCGAUCACGCACAGCCCAACCUACACGGCCAUAUCGAACAUGCCGCAAAAGGGUGUCCUGAGCAACCCGGACGGCAUGCGUACGACGAUGUUCCAAACGACGCCCGCCAUGUCGACCUACCUGCUGGCGUUCGUCGUGUCGGACUUCCAGUAUCGCAUCAGCGGCACGCAGCGUGUCUACGUGCGCCCGAAUGCCUUCUCGGAGGCGCUGUUCGCACUGCAAGCGGGCGUUAAGAUACUGCAAGCGCUGGACGACCAUCUGGGCAUCCCGUACAGCACGUACAUGCCGAAGAUGGACCAAAUAGCGGUGCCCGACUUUGCCGCCGGUGCGAUGGAAAACUGGGGCCUGGUAACGUACAGAGAGCAGGCACUAUUGUUCAACGAGGCUGUUUCGACUUAUCGCACGAAGACGAACGUCGCGAGCACGAUUGCGCACGAGUACGCACAUCAGUGGUUCGGCGAUCUGGUGACCCCCGAAUGGUGGGAAUACAUCUGGCUGAAUGAAGGUUUCGCCACGCUCUACGAGUACUAUGCGCUGCAUCUGGCCUACCCGGACCAGGAGUACUGGGAGCUGUUCAACGUGCAGGUCAUCCAGGCCGCCAUGGUCCCCGACGGCCAGGCGUCAACCCGCCCGAUGAACUGGAAUGCCGCCACACCGGGCGAAAUUUCGUCACUGUUCGAUCGUGUCGCCUACCCGAAAUCUGGCAGUGUGUUGAACAUGAUGCGAAACGUACUUGGUGAUGAUAACUGGAGGGCAGGAUUGAAGGCGUACCUUACCGAUCGUGCCUUGAGUGUGGCGUUCGAUGAGCAGCUGUACGACGGACUGCAGAGCGCGAUCGAGGGUAAGGGUGUGCUGCCGGGCGAUGUAACCGUGGCACAGAUCAUGCGCACCUGGACCAAUGAGGCCGGCUAUCCGGUGCUAAACGUGCGUCGAUCGUACGACACGGGCGACGUCAUCAUCUCGCAGGAGCGGUUCUACUCCGAUCGCAAAGUGCCGAACAGCAACAUCUGGAUGAUCCCGUACAACUACGUGCAGCAGGCUCGGGCGGACUUCAACGAGUUCGACGACUUCCAGUGGCUUGCGACGAAGGCUGCCCGGUUUGGGACGACCGUGCCCGCUAGUGAGUGGAUCAUCUUCAACAAGCAGCAGGUCGGAUACUAUCGCGUCAACUACGAUGAUCGCAACUGGGAGCUUAUCACUGACGCGCUGAUCGAGAACUGGGCCGCUGUGCAUCGGUUGAACCGGGCGCAACUUAUCGACGAUGCUUACUGGCUGGCACGAUCGGGUCGGCUUGACAUGCGUGUGGCUUUGCGGCUGAUGACGUACCUGCGCAAUGAACGCGAGUACGCCCCAUGGACGGCAGCAAACGUUGCCCUGACCUACUUCAACAGCCGUCUGCGCGGCACGGAGGGAUACCAUGAUUUCUUGGUGUUUGUGGACGCAUUGAUCGAAAAUGUGUACGGUACGUUAACGAUCAACGCAGUAUCGCCGACCGACACGCUCCUGCACAAGUACCUCGUGCAGACGAUCUCAACCUGGGCUUGCACGAUCGGCUAUAUCGACUGUCUGCAGAAGACGGCCGCACUACUGACGGCGGAAGCCACGAGCAUGGGAGUGAACGCCGUCCAUCCGGACAUUGCCACCGUGACCUACUGCUACGGUAUGCGCGAGGCUGGUGUGACCGAGUUCCAGUACCUGUACCGGAAGAUGAUGGACUCGAAAAAUCUUGCCGAACGCACGAUGCUGAUCGAUUCGCUGGGAUGCUCGUACAACAAGGAGUUCCUGACAUCGUUGCUAACUACGGCCCUCGGCAAUGUGGAGAUCAACUACCGUGCGGACGAACGCAGCCGUGUGGUGCAGGCGGUCUACUCUGGCAGCCGUACCGGUGUCGAUGCGCUGAUCGAGUUCCUGAUGGAUCCGAGCAUGGUGAAUGAGUUUGUUAGUACGCUGUCGACAUCCACGCUCAACUCGGCCUUAUCUGCCAUUGCUUCGCGCACCAACAACGUGGAGGAAUUGAACAAGCUUAAUGCUCUCAUCACCGCGCUGGGUGCUAGGGUUAGUAGUAACACUGCGACCAACCUGCGCAACACGGUCCAAACUAACUUGGACUGGGUGAAUGGCUUCGAGGGUUUGAUGUUGUCCAACUUCUUCACCGAGUUUGCGGCGGAGAUCCAGACUACUACGACCGAGGCACCGGUAACGACUACGUCGACUGCUGCACCUGGAACUACUACCACUGCUGGACCAGGAACUACUACCACUGCUGCACCUGGAACAACUGUCACUGCUGCACCUGGAACUACUACCACUGUUGCCCCCGAGAUUACUACCACCGUUGCACCGGAAACUACUACUGCACCCACCACCGUAACGACCACAACCGUACAAACGACAACGGAAGAUGACGGUGGAGCAGCAACGGUUGGUCUGUCCAUAGCCGCACUCUUGGUCUCGAUCACGGUGCAUCUAUAUUCAGACGAAGCUGCAAUGGUGUCCAACAACAGGGUAUCGACCGCACUAUCCUUGCUGUUUGUGUGUGCCCUCAUUCCGGCCAGUCUGUGGGCGGCACAGGCCACACCAACGGAGUCGAUCGAUCAUCACUUGUUACAACCGCGACGCUUCGACCGAAACCAGCUGCACUCGAUCAAGCAGGAACAGUUCCGGGUGCGCAGUACGAGGGAAUCUUCCCCGUACCGGCUACCGAAUGGGACCAUCCCGGAAAGUUACACGCUAGAGCUGAGCACCAACAUCCACUCGCAGGACUUCAGCUAUACCGGGACGGUCGCGAUAAGGGUGCGCGUGCUGCAGCCUACGCAAUCCAUUGUGCUGCACACGUUGCGCAGUCGGCUGGUGAGUGUUGAGGUUAGGAAUUCCAACCAGCUGAAUGUGCCGAUCGGCAGCACCGUGGAGGAUCCCGCCCUGGAAACGCUCACGAUCGGCCUGGCCGUGGAGUUGCUGCCGGGCGUUUAUCAGCUGACGAUCGUGUUCGAAAGUACGCUUCGCAGUGAUGUGGGUGGAUUUUACUGGACGUCGUACAACGAUGGUAACGCGGUGCGUUAUGCCGCCGUCACGCAGUUCCAGCCGGUCGAUGCACGUACUGCUUUUCCGUGCUUUGAUGAGCCAGGCAUACGGGCGACCUUCACCAUAACCAUCAGCAGUGGUGUUGGAAUGAAGGUGUACUCAAACAUGCCAGCAAAGUCAGUCACCAUCGUAGGGAAUGGACUGAAGCGAACGCUCUUCCAAACGACACCGAGCAUGCCGACGUACCUCGUGGCGUUCGCCAUUACGGACGACUUUGCCAGCAGCCGGCUGUCGUUGAAGGGACCACCGUCGAGCAUCAGCAUGGAGCUGAUUGCACCGCCCACGGUGACGGAUCGGGCGCAAACGUACGGGCUGGACAUUGGGGGCGUCGUUAUACGGGUGGUCGAACAGUACUUUAACCAGACGUACGAUUUGCCCAAGCUGGACCAGCUGGCCGUGCCGGACUUUUACUUUGCUGCGAUGGAAAACUGGGGCUUAGUCAUCUACGAGGAGCGGUAUCUGCUGUACGAUGAGCUGACGGGUACGAACCGCGAUAAAGAGAACGUCAUCGCCACGGUAGUGCACGAGUUUGUGCAUCAGUUCUUGGGCAAUCUGCUGACGCCCCACUGGUGGUCGGAUUUGUCGCUGAGCGAAGGCUUUGCCACCUUUUACGAGUACUAUCUCAGCAGCAUGGUGGAGCCAAACAUUAGGUUUAAGGAGAAGUUCACCAUCGAGGCGCUACAAACGGCACUGCUGCUGGACUGUGACAUCGGCGUGAGGCCCAUUUCGUUCGAUGUGGAAAAACCGGCCGACAUUGCGCGGUUGUUUGACAUCAUUGCCUACCAGAAAGGGGGCAGUGUUUUCCGGAUGUUCCACUACGCUCUCGGUGAGCUAACGUUCCUGAAGGGAAUGCGUCGCUACAUCAGCACUAACAAAGGCCGUUCGGUUACACCGGACGAUCUGUUCGCAAGUCUGCAGCAAGCGGUGGCGGAGGAUGCUACACUACCGCUCAGUCUCGACGUAGCCACGGUCAUGAGACCCUGGAUCUAUCAAUCUGGCUAUCCUUUGGUGACGGUAAUGCACCAAGCCGGUGAGCUGAUCUUCCUGCAGGAACACUUCCUGUAUCCCAGUUCGUCGAUCGUCGCCAGCAAUCGGACGUGGUGGGUCCCGAUCGCGUACGGCACCAGCUCCGGUGCAACGCAACAGUUCUGGAUGCCCCAGGGAACAUCACAGGUUUCGCUGCAAGUGGACAACUUGCUGGACGGAGAGUUCCUUUUGGUGAACCCCGAGCAAACCGGCUACUAUCGCGUCAACUACGGCGAGGAUCUCUGGAUGCGUUUGAUCACGCAGCUCCAUGCUGACCCAUCGCUCGUUUCACCUAUCUCCCGGGGACAGUUGUUGGACGAUUGCUUCAAGCUGUACUACAGCGAGCGGGUCGGAGCCAACAUUGUGCACAGCUUGCUGAUGUACGCUACUGGCGAGACGGAUGUUAUACCGUGGACUGUGCUAUUCGCCAACGAUAAUCUUGGUGUGUUGCGCAAUGCUUUGAUUGUGGACAGCUCAGCUUACGAUGCGUUCUCUCGUGUCGUAGCCCUGCUUACAGCGAAUGUCUUCAGUGUGGUCGGCUUCGAUGCAUCCCCGGCUGAUCCUCACGAAACAGAACAGCUGCGCCGUUCCGUCAUAGAGUGGAGUUGUCGAGCGGGAUCGAUCGAGUGUCGCACGGAAGCGUUAUCGCGGAUGUUGAACGAUUUGAGUGGAUCGGUACCGUUGCCUUCGUAUAUUCGGGAUAGUGUUUACUGUGGUGGUGCAUCCAUCGCCAGCCCGUCCCAGCUAGAGACCGUGUGGCUACGCCUGCAGACGGUUAGCGAUGUUGGCGAACGGUUAAACAUUAUAGAAACGUUGGCUUGUGCGGAGAGUGCAGAGUUUUUGGACGAGUUGCUUGAUUCAGUCUUCACCAAUGAAAAUCCGGGCGAGUGGGAAUUCAUUCUGAGGGCAGUAUACCGUCACUCCGCCAUUGGGUAUGAAGCGUUCGAUCGGUGGCUGGCUCGCAAUGCACUGCAAAUUAUUCAGAGCAUCGGCAUCGACCCGGCGUUCCUUAAUAUUAUGGCUGACAUUAACCAACGGAAGGCUGAUGUUCCAAAGUAUGACGAGUUGGUGCAACUCUUCAAGAAUUCAUUGCUGAAACAUUAA